CAGGUCCGCCCCUUUCCCUGCCCACGUGGUCUGGGCCACAACCCCUUGGUACUUCUGGUGUUCCGGUCUCUUCCUCGGCUUCCUUCUCCACUUUCUAGGGCUGCUUUUCUUCUUGCUUCAGGCUGCACGGGGUUGACUGCUUCGAAAUUCUCGCGGAGCUGUCGGAAGCCCAGGACGGUGCUGGGGGCGUAGUCGGCGCCGCCUUCCCUACCAGUAGGCCUAUUUCUGUGGUAGCAUCUGGUAGGGAAAUGGUCGUGCUUUCUGUGCCCGCUGAAGUGUCUGUGAUCCUGUUAGAUAUCGAAGCACAACACUCUCCAGAUCCAUCCACGUUGUUGCAAAAGGACAUUUUAUUUCCUUACAUCAAAGAAAAUGUUAAAGAGUAUUUGCAGAUACACUGGGAAGAAGAGGAGUGUCAGCAGGAUGUCAGUCUUUUGAGGAAACAGGCUGAAGAGGACUCCCACCUGAUUGGGGCUGUUCCGAUCCCUGCUGCAUCUGAAAAUGGGGCAGAUGACCCACAACAGACGAUCCAGGCUGUGGUAGAUAAUGUGUGCUGGCAGAUGUCUCUGGACCGAAAGACCACGGCACUGAAACAGCUGCAGGGCCACAUGUGGAGGGCAGCAUUCACAGCGGGGCGUGUGAAAGCAGAGUUCUUUGAAGAUGUAGUUCCAGCAGUCAAGAAGUGGAGAGAGGCUGGAAUGAAGGUGUAUGUUUACUCUUCAGGGAGUGUAGAGGCACAGAAACUAUUAUUUGGGUAUUCUACAGAGGGAGAUAUUCUUGAGCUUAUUGACGGUCACUUUGAUACCAAGAUUGGACACAAAGUGGAGAGUGAGAGUUAUCGAAAGAUUGCAGACAGCAUUGGGUGCUCAACCAGCAACAUCUUGUUUCUGACAGACAUCACUCCAGGAGCUGGGGAUUGGACACUGGUUCUGAGGAAGCCAUCUAUCAUGCUGUGAAGGAGUACAGAUUAGCCCAGGUGAGGAGGCCUAUGUGAAGAGGAACCAAGGCCCCAAACUGACCACCAGCCUCAGUCCCCAGACAUAUGAAUACACUUGCCAUCAGCUGCUUCCAGCUUCUAGCCCUCAAAUCUUGUAGCUGAGAUCUCAGACAUCAAGGAGCAGAAAUAAUCUAUCCCUGCUGUGCCCUGCUUGAAUUCUUGACCCAUAGAAUCUGUGAACAUAAUAGUUUUAGGCCACUAUAUUUUGUGGUAAUUUGUUAGGGCACCUCAGUAACCAGAACAGUCACUGAGUGUAUCAAAUGCUACCAAGCAGUGCAUUGAGUUUUUAACCCUUUCAGCAGAGCUAGGCUUUUAAACAGCCUGUGCUGGAGUUUGUAGUUUGGAGCCAACAAGAUUGUCUCAUUAUUCCUCUGUCCCUGCAAACAAUGAUAUCUGUUUUUCUGGAUUUUGCAAAUGUACCCAUUUUUCCAGUCUUCUAGUCCUGAAGCCUCAGUGUCGGAUUCCUCCCCACAACUGCACCUUCCUUAUAUAGGCAACAACUGAUACCCCUUGCCUUUCUUGUAGAGCCUCACAAAUCCGUUAUUUCCUUCCCAUUCCUAACAGCCUGUGUUUGAGACUUCUGGAAUUUAUUGUUACCUACAGAACAAAAGGCAAUGGAAUAGAAAAAGACUACCAGUAAUGGGCGUAGUGUUUUCAGAUUUUAUACUAGAAAAGGGUAUACUGAAAGCUUUCUAAGGGCAAAUCAUGAUAAUGUUUAUAGAUAAGAUGUAGAAGUCCACCUUAUUUUGGGAAAGCUAUCUCUCUCCUACUAGGGCAAUGCAAACAGCAUAUCACUGGAUAGUCCCUGGAGCACUUCAAGUCCCUGAAUCGACUGUUCUGUGUUUAGUCACAGCCCUUUCCUCCAUCUCCUCUUAACUCUACCUGGUUACAAAUCUAAAUUUGGUUUACAAAAAUCUACAGGUAUUAGAUGUUAUCCUACUAUUGACUGUUGAAUAAAUCCCC